AUGUCUGGUGGAAGCAAUGAUCAUGUAGCACCACCACCUACAUCACCACCAGAAAUCAAUUUCUCUCUCCCAAGACAGAGUGAUUUUGCAACCAAACUUUACGACUGGCCAAGUGCUCCGACAGAAAUUCUGCUAAUAACAGCAAAUGACCAUGAAUUCGCUGCCUGUUAUUUUUAUGUGAAAAAUGUCCAAAGAAGUUAUUGUAAUGCACUCGGAAUGGUGGAUUUUGGUCAAUUUGGCGAUGGUGUGAGAGUUGCAUUGAUGAAAUGUGCACAAGGACCGACUGAGGCUGUGAUAGCUGUGAAAAAUGCCGCUGAAAAAUUGCACCCAAAAGUGGUCCUUUUCGUCGGGAUCUGUGCAAGCAUGAAACCGACGGAGGCAAAACUUGGCGACGUCGUGAUUUCUGCGAAAUUGGCGACUUAUGCAGAUAGGAAAGUUAGCGCAGAUGGGACAGAGUAUCGCGGUACCAAAGCGAAAGUGAGUCGAAAUAUGGCUCGUCUUAUUCUGCAUGCAGCUGAUGGUUGGGAGCCACCGUUACAAAACCAGAGUAGUUUAAAAGUCGACGUUCAUCGUGACGCUGUGAUGUUAAGUGGUCCAGAGUUGGUUGAUAAUACCAAAAGACGAGAAGAGUUAGCGGAAUAUUUUCGAGACGCACUUGGUCUUGAAAUGGAAGGUGCAGGUAGGUAGGAGCUUCCUACAUCAUUCAGGCAAACAUAAGUGGAUUUGGCAUCUGUGCAUAACAUUAGUAAGCGGCCUAAAACCAGAGUGCAAACUUCUCAACCUGUAGUUCACAUGUAUUUACGUAGAAAAUUAAAUACUGUAGUAAACUUAACGUAGCUCUCGAAUUGUUUUUUAAUCAAAUUCAGGAAGGGAAAUGGUAGCUUGGCUGUUGGCCAACUGAUAUCAACAAAAGAGACCAACCUGUCACAUGCUAGAGAACGAAUAUCCUUGGGCAUAGUCUUACGAAAUUUGACCUUAUGAGGGUAUAGGAUGAAUCUCCUAAGUACUGCACAGAAUUUAACUGAUAUUUUUUAACCCAGAACAUGAUAGGCUCUGAUGCCUAUAACAUUUUGCAUAUUGUCAUUUUUGUUUUUAAUUUUUAGGUCUAUAUGCAGCAGCACAUGAUCUUCAGAUAGAAUGGGCUGUUAUCAAAGCAGUGUCAGAUUUUGCUGAUGGAAGUAAAUCAGUGACAAAAGAGUGGCAGCCAUUUGCCAGUGUAAUGGCAGCAUCUUUAGUUCACAACAUGUUUAAACAUGCUAAUGUGAUAUUAAAACAAUGGCCUCACAAUCCAGGAAUCUCAGGAGGUACGUGAAUAUCAACAUGCAAAAACAUCAAUCCUGGGUUGGUUGGGGCCUGGGGAGAGUGGCAAGCAUAGUACACGGCAAAAAACGCUCAGGUUGAUGCAAUACUGAUGAAAACAGGAUUGAACAAUGUUUUGCUGCCCACAUUGUUCAUAGCUGUCAACAAUAUUGAACAAUAUUGUUACACCCGAUUCAAGCUCAACAACAUUGUUCAAUAUUGUUGACAAGUGUGAACAACGUGGGCAGCAAAACAUUGUUCAUACCUGUUGAGCAACGGGCUCGGCGUUUUUUGCCGUGUACCUGCUCCAAACUGCAAUUUUUCAAAAAAGGAGACAUAUAUACUUUGUUUCUCCUUGUGUAGUAACAUUGGAUUGAACCUAAUUUAUACAAAGAAGGUAUCGAAAUGUAUUAAAACAGUUUAGCAGUGACUAAGUUGUCCAUUUUGAAAGUUAUUUAAUAAGCAUACAUGUAUAACAAAAAAAAUGUUGUGAAAAAUAGGAAUAGACAUAGUGUUAAUGUUAAGACAAUUUGAACAAAUGAAUUUUUAGGUUUGGACAUUGUCAAGUAAAUAGAAUUAGCUAAUUGCUUAUUUCAUGAGCAUAUUUCUAAAAUUAGCUUGUUUUUUUAAGAGAGCAUUUCUCAAAUAAAAAUUAUAAAGAAUAUUAUUUAUUGUGAUUUAUGAAGAUACAAUUGAUGCAAAAAAACGAAAACGGGAAGAGAGCUCAAAUGAAGAUAAAUAUAAAUGCCAAAAGAAAUCACAGCCAGAUUCAAAAAUGUGUGUUACUUGUCAUGCUUACAAAUGAAAAUCAGCUUCCAGAUGACCGCAACAAGUGGCCAAUCCAUAAUAUCGAAAUGAGUUAUUUCCAAAAGAUUUGCAAGCUACUUGACCUUGAUGAUCACAGUAAAGUGCCAAUUCUGAGUGCUCUAGAAUGCUUCAACCAACUUGAAGCUGCCACUAUGAAAAACAAAUUUAAGGAAAAAGGAGGAACAGGGCUUGCCAAAGUCGCACUCCAGAAAUGGGGAAAAGGUAAACGCCAAAAUAAUGUGGGGGCUCUUAAGAAGAUUGUAGAAAAAACCAUGGGAAGGGUUGAUGUUCUUGUUGAGAUUGAGAAAUGGGAAAAGUUAUCUGUUUGUCAUGGAUGUGGCAUCAAACUCAACAUUCAACAGUCUGAUACCAGUAAUUAAAAUACACUGAUGUGAGUGAUGGAUAAAUGAAAAACAUUGGUACUUUGGUAACUUUGGUUAUGACAUUUUCCCCGAGCCGCAGAGUGCAAAGUUGUCCUCCAUUUUGUUUAUGUCAUGGACGGUUUUCAUCAUUAUGCGCAUGCGCAAGUACAAACUCUGUCGAAGUAAUUGUUUUUCAUUUUGGAAGGACAUAUUUUGCUAUUUUACAGCAAUUUUUUGUUUUAAGUUUUGUUAAAAAGUUUACAAAAGUACAACACAGUUUUUUUUUCAGGAUUUUAACUGGAAAUAAGCCUGCAGUUUCAUGAAUUAGUGGCUGUUCAACCGUGAAACAAAGUUUGUAUAAUAAUUGUUUUGAUGCUGAUGUCUUUGAUAAUUUAAUCGUUGUUGUGCCGGUUUGGAUAAGUGUAAACAUUUCAGUAUUAAAAUUAUAUGCCAUACUUGCUUUGUAUUCUCGGUUUUAUUCAUAUCUGCAAAAUUUUUAAGCCAUUCUUAACUCGAUAAUUCACUUUAAUGCAAGCCUGUGACUAUAUGACAGUCUUAAAUUUUCAAAUUACGUAUCUGUUACACUGUCUCUUGUUUGUUUUUUUAUUUAACAACUACUAGUAUCACUGCAUGUAGCAUGAUUGAUUAAUAGCUAAUGCACCUAAAUAUAGUAGUCAUACAACCUGUAGAUGACUCAGUUAUGUUUUUUAUGGUAUAUGUUUUUCAAAUAAAAACAAAAAAAUGCGUUUGGUAAAUUCACAGCACCCACCCAGUCAUUUCUAAAACCUUAAUCACAUCAUACAUUGUCUCAACACGCUUCUGUUUCACUGGCAACGUUACUGCAUAUUUCCAAUCAGAAACAUUCCCUGUACAACAAUUAGCCUAACUUCUCUCUUCCUUUUUCCAGUGACUUUCUUGUCCAAUCAAAAUUAUUUUGCAUUGUGCCCUAAUGUAUCCUGCUUUAUUAUUUUACUCUAUCUAAUGGCAGGUGAUUUUCUUGCCAAGGGGAGAGCACUAGAUUUUAAUGGGUUAAAGAAUGCCACCAUCAAAUAUAUUAGGCCAGUGGAAUGAAAGGAAAAUAUUUUUUUAGUAAAACUUAACAGAUUAUUUCUGAUUUUAAGCUUACGUUACGAACGCCAUUUUCAAACACAUGUAAAAUCCAUUCCUGUGCACAGUCCAACAAGCCUGUGUUAAUUAAAUUUCACAUUUGGUAUGGCAAUAUCAUUCAAAGUGAUUGUAAAAAGAGAUUAAAGCUAACAUUUUCACACUGUGGUUUUGUUGUAGUUCCUUUGGAAAACAAUUGAAUCUUUCAGCAAAUACUGAAAUUAAUACAAAAUAAUGACAAUUUUUGCACUGGGAUUCACGAUGCCAGCUGUUACUUUAAUUCCCAUUACAGUAUUACAUUUGAGUGCAUUUUGAUGACGAGUCGGCAUUCCGUGUGGUCUCUCUAUGCUUUGAUGGUGAUGUGGUCAAAAUGACUCAAAUCUAGUCAAAAAUGAAUCUAUACUGUCAAUCUGUCAGUCCUGGUAGAUUGAUUUGACUGACUAGAUCUGUCUAGAUGUCUUGUCUAGACAUAUUUCAUUUUCAACAUAAUACAACUGUGUUAACAAUACAAAACUAAAUAUAUAAAAUACUGACACUUACCAAUGAUGGUUUGAACUGUGUGUUAUUAGAUCUACCAUUCUGUCAAACAUUCGACCAUCACUGUAAAGUAGACACGUGCUGUAAAUUUUGAAAUUUCCCAAACAUAAUAUUUAUUUUUAUGAAUUUAAAUGUAACGCGCCCGAUGUCGCUCGAUCAGCGUUAAUGGCAAGAACUCUCAAGAACUCUAUACUUGAUGUAAGUACAAUCAAAAUGAGAAAAUUGGCGGGGAAAUGAGCAGGGGAAAUGCGGAAAUUGGCGUGUCGUUUCAAUGUGGUUUCAACUUUUAAAAUUGGUAUUAUAAAUUAAAACGGAUAAAAAGCUCUUUGACGUUUGUAGUGUGGAUAAGUGGCGUGGUAAUCUCUUGCUACUGACCGCUCAAAUAUUUCCCACCGUUACACCCAUAGUCUGCACCCGCACUGCACCCACAAAGUUGAAAAUGCAAAAGGCAAGGGGUGCACUUGCACCCGCUGCACCCGUGGUUCCGGCAUCCCUGGAACCACCUUAAUGGAAUAGAUUUCAAGUUUGUUUCUCACGGGCUAUGGUUAGAGAAACAGAACAUCCUUUGUCAAUACAUGCAUCAAAAAGAAUUUUGGAUUUCUACUAUUAAAUGUGGAAAUAAGUUUAAACACGAAAACGAGGCCGAGAGGCCAUGGCCCCCCACGUCGUAACAAAGCAAUGGUUUUACUAACACUAACCCUAUUCCAAACACUAACCCUAACCAUAAUCCUCACGCUAACCCUAACCCUAACCCUACUCCAAGUUUGUUUCUAAACCAAUCGAACGGCUGGUCAUGGUUUUUGAAGAAAAAAAUUUUGACGAAAUGUCAUUCUGACGUCAGCGAAAUAACCUCUCCACUUUCACAGUUGGCUGUUAGCCAAUCAGAAUUUGAUUCAGGCAAACAUAAGUGGAUUUGGCAUUUGGUGUUUUUCUUUGCUUUGUGUUUUCCUUUGGCUUUGCACGAUUCCCUCCUCCCUGUUAGCCAAUCAGAAACCAACGUGAAUCUUUUAAAUAAAUAAUAAUGCUUUACGUUAUUUCACCUACCAUUUUCUUCCUGAGAUAAAAAUCAUGACAAAUUGAGAAACAAGCAAAGUCAAAAGGCACAAUGUGUAAUGAGCUGAACACCAUUCUAAAUAAGUUAAAAUGAAGGGGAACAGACUUAAACCCAUUUCAAAUACAGCUCCAAUAGCCUCAUUAAUAUUUUGUGGCUGAAAGCAAAAUUCGUAACUUCAAAAUGUACCAGCUUGCAAAAAUUCAAAAGGUGCCUGUGAGCAGUGCUUGAAGAAUGUCAAUGAUGCCUGCACAGCUCCAGGGGCGUAGCCACAGGGAGAAUGAAGGUCCAGACCCCCUCCCCAUUUUUCUUCAGAACCAAUUUUGUAAUUCUUCAAAAAAACUGGGGGAGCCUAACCUCGUAAUAUUUUCAUCUAUGACAUAAAUAUAUCUCAAUAUGUGGCUUUCAGAUGCAUGAAAUAGCGCUUUGCAUAUUCUAAAAUAGAACCAUUUUCUGGAGGACAAUGUCCCCUGACAGCCGAACCCCAUAGUUGUUCAGUGUAUUCAACAAUUGGAUCCCCCACUCACUGGGGGAGAGGUUGGCUACCCCCCUCCCCCCCCCCUCAUGUGCCAAACGUAACUGUCUCAAAUGUGAUGAUGAGAGCAGUGAAAAAAAAAACAAAAUGGCAGUGAUUCAAGUGAACAAAUUAUCAAAAAUGAAAACUGUAUAUUUUUAGUUGAGUUGAAAAAUACGAAGUACAAUGUCGUACUAGAGAAAUUGUCUUGCUGGCCAUCGAAAACUGGAUGAUUUUAUUAAAAGGUCUGUUUUCCUUCCCAGUCCAGUUGAUUCAUCAAGGAAUUGCAACCAGCCUGACAGACCAAGGGUGCCAGCUUUGUUAUCUAUAAAAGAAGAGCAGUAAUAAUAAAUAUUAAUCCCACAUGUGUAUAUAAACACGUUUGUAAAAUUUCAACCUUAUUUGCUCCACCUGGAAAGUGUGCAUGAGCCCUAUACGUCUUAUACCAUGUUUGCAAUACUGAGCAUCGCAAUCCUGCAUAUGAAUUCUUUGAAAAUUCUUGGCUAAAUAUGCAUCAGUAGCAGGGGCAUAGCCGGCCUCAAACGGGGGGGUGUCUAAUUGUCCGGCCAUCCUGAACAUAAUGAAGUCAACUGAUAGUGAAAUCAUAACUAAACUGUCAAAAUUUGUUUAUUCGUGUUUUGAACAAAGGCUUAAAUACCUUGAAACCAGGAGUGCUAAUUAGCAGAGGUUGUGAUAACCACCUUAUUUGUAAAUAUUAUACUUGUCUACAUUCUUUCUUCUUAGUUCUUAUUAACGUUAAUGUUAGUUUUCUAUAUAUUGUUAUAACUUUUAUAUGCUUCAGCAAUACUGGAAAUUUAUAGUCAUGCUAAUAAAGCUAUUAUUUACCAUUACCAUCCUGGGGGAAUGGUCCCUGUUAAGGAACUUCAAGUGUAAGGCGCGAUGUGGGCGCAGCGACCGCGAAACGUGAAUACUCGAUAAAUACAGCACGUUUCAGCCGUAAAAAUGGGAUGAAAAUAUGACACACCUUAGACGUGACUAAGAGUAGAAACGUUAUGUGGUUAAACAUGACGUUUGAUCAAAAAAUGGUUUCCUACUUUUAGAGCAUAAAUAGGAGUGUAAAAAUAUUAUACUGUUGUUGGUUGGAAAGUGUUAGAGUGUUAGAGUGUAUUAGUAUAUGAAAUGUAUGUAGAAUGGUUAGUUUGAUUGAUUGUAAAAGAAUGUUUGAAUAAAGAAAAAUUGGAAAAAAGGACAAGAAAUACACUCCCAGUAGUUUGUUGACUGAACCAGGGAGCGGAAAUUUCUUGUAGUUUAACCAAACUUGUGCAAAAAAUAUUACAACAGUGCCCUGUCUAUUCUUAAGGUCUGCGAAACGCUAUUUCAUGCAUCUUAGACACGUUUUAUAAUCUGAAAGUCACAGAUUUGGUAUAUUUUAUGUCAUAGAUGAAAAUAUUAAGAGGUUCCCUCCCCCCAGUUUCUCCUCGUUUCUCCUUGUAAAAAAUUACAAAAUUGGUCCAGAAGAAAAGCAAAGUGGGUCCGGACCCUUCUACCUCCUCACCCCCCUCCCCCCUCCUGACCAAACCUCUGAUAAGUAGUACUUACAAUAUUUACGAGUGUUAACAGCAAACACAAAGCGGCUGAUCACGGCAACCAGAAUUUGUAAAACACAUAUUCAGGUUGGAGUUCUGAUUGACGAAUUUACCUAUUAGUUGCGGGCAAGUAAAUACAGUCACAAUCAAUCUGAUAGAACAUGCACACAUAAAGUGAAUGGAACCAUUUUAUCGGUUUUGCGCUAAUUGGAAACACGUGCCCGAUAGUUUGGAAACUCGCUAGGACAAAUAUGGCGCAACGUAAUACAAAUUCUCAGAUAAAUAGCCAAGCUAACUGCUCAAUUUUACGAGUAAAAUUUAAAGUCCGCUUAGUUCAUUUUCUUCUUGUAACCCUUUAUCCAUUUUAACGUUGGUUUUACGGAAUUAACAAGCGAAAUUAUUAGUCAAAUAUGUGAAACCUUUACGCAUUCUGUAUAGAAUUUGAUACCACGUUCUGUCUUGUUUGUCUGAGAACCGAUCUUUCGAGCACGUGUUUCCAAUUACCGCAAAACCGCCGAAGUGGUCUAUUCGGGACUGUCUCAAAUUUACACGAUUUCGCCUUAAAACAUCCCCUUAUACUAGCAAUGGAAUUGAUAUUUCGAAUGAGCUUGAAAUAAAUUUCAAAAACUAGAAAUACUUUCACUGAGAUUGUCUUUAAAAGAUUUUAGAGAAACCCAAAAAUAGUAACUACUACUAGCAUAUAACAAUUACUGUAUAGUCUGUAACUACUAUCCUUAUAUUACAGGGGUAAAACAGUUUAAGUACUUCCGCGAUAUCUUGAAUAAAUUUAAUUUGGGAAAUUGCUGGUUACUGGUAAAGGAACAACGUGAAUGGAGCAUUCUGAAAAUUCUGAUAAUUUGUUAUAAAGCGCUUCAUGUUGCAAACUGGCCAAAUUACCUAAAACUACAAGAGGUGGAACAUUCUCGAGUUCUUAGAUCGAGCAGUAGCUCUCAAGUUCAAGUUCCUCUAAUUAAGAACACAUUACAUGACCAGCCAGCACAUCUCUUUAAUGAUUUACCUGUAGAAAUUAGAACUGCAGAGACUACCGAGUGUUUUGUCUUAAAGAGGCCAAGAAUUUAUUCCACUAUUUGCAGCAUAUCAGUUUCUCACCAGGGGCUUUCCCUAAAGUUGAUGCGGGUGGCCAUAUACCAUUUGUCAUAAUCGAGAUACUAUAUGCAUGGUGUCAUGGAGAUGCAAUUUUCUGUUUUGAAUUUUCAUUGAUUUCCGGUAUCAAUAUCAAAUUACAAAGCGAUGUGUUGUGUGAAAAGCGUCAAAGGCAAGGAACGAAAUGGUAUUUUGGAAAAAAAUCGCUAAAAUUUGGUUUGUGAAAGUUCUAGAAGAAACUAUAUGCAAUAAAUAGUGGCCUUAUAUUACUUGAUACUAUUUGAGCAUAAACACUUUUAUUACUUAUUUAAAAAUCAAAAGUCUUUCAGGUUACUGGUAUAUAUAUAUAUAUAUGAUGAUUCCUAUACGGAUGAAACAGACUGUUGUGAAAAACUAUAUUACGCUCUAUCUAUAUAUGGUACUGAGCACUGUUUGUGUUUCUUAAACCAAAAACUUAAGAUAUAUAUAUAUAUAUAUAUAUAUAUAUAUAUAUAUAUAUAUAUAUAUAUAUAUAUAUAUAUAUAUAUAUAUAUAUAUAUAUAUAUAUAUAUAUAUAUAUAUAUAUAUAUAUAUAUAUAUAUAUAUAUAUAUAUAUAUAGACAAGUAUCGAGUUUGGAAUCAUAUAUGAGUAGAGUGCUCAAUACCGUAGUAUAGAGCUGAUAAGAUUAGAUUAGAUUAGAAGACAAACUUGAGUUACUUCAUAUGAACUUUAUUUCACUAAAUGAAAUAAAGUUCAUAUGAAAUAAUUCAAGUUUGUCUUCUAAUCUAAUCUAAUCUAAUAUAUAUAUAUAUAUAUAUAUAUAUAUAUAUAUAUAUAUAUAUAUAUAUAUAUAUAUAUAUAUAUAUAUAUAUAUAUAUAUAUAUAUAUAUAUAUAUAUAUAUAUAUAUAUAUAUAUAUAUAUAUAUAUCAGUGCAUAUAUAUAUAUAUAAUGCCAGCAGUGUCACUUGGCAUGGAAAUACAAAUUUAAAAACCUAUUACACAUUUUUAGCAACAUUUAGUGCUAGUGGCUUGCGAGGUUGGCUUUGCUUCUGGCGUGUUAGGGAGGGAAGCGGAAGUAGAGAGCCUGGCUUGCGAAGGCAAGGCGCAUCAAGAGUCGAAGGGUGGUGAAGGGGGCGUGGCAGGAUACGUUUCAGAGAAAGAUGCGAGUAACAGGGGAUUGCAAGGGAUAAUUGUACAGUCUUUUCGUCGCUUGCCACAUGCUCUUUGGUCGUCGUUUUGCGAAGGACGGUAACAGUACAAGGUUUUAUAGCGUACAUCCCGGAUUAUCGUUGUUAAUUGUAUUGAAACUUUGACUUUGUAGAACGAGUUGACUUUUCAUCAUGUCUUUUGAAAGCAAUAAUCAACAACCACCAUCACAACCACCACCAGAACUCAAUAUCACGCUCCAAACAAUUAAGAGCACAUCACACGAUUGGUCAAGCGACGAAAUUCAGUCGCAAUUACCGACAGAAAUUUUGCUAAUAACAGCAAAUGACCAUGAAUUCGCUGCCUGUUAUUCUUAUAUGAAAAAUGUCCAAAGAGGUUGGCAUGAUACACUCGGAAUGGUGGAUUUUGGUCAAUUUGAUGACGAGAAACCGAGAGUUGCAUUGAUGAAAUGUCCACAAGGACCAACUGAGGCUGUGAUAGCAGUGAAAAAUGCCGCUGAAAUUUUAUACCCAAAAGUAGUCCUUUUCGUUGGUAUCUGUGCAACCUUGAAACCGGCGAAGGCAAAACUUGGCGAUGUCGUGAUUUCUGCCAAACUGGCGACUUAUGGUGACAGGAAAAUCAGGGCAGAUGGGACAGUUGAGCAUCGCGGCAUCAAAGCGAAUGUGAGUCGAUAUAUGGCUCGACGUAUUCUAAGUGCAGCUGAUGGUUGGAAACCACCGUUACAAGACCAGAGUAGUUUAAAAGUCGACGUUCAUCGUGACGCUGUGAUGUUAAGUGGUCCAGAGUUGGUUGAUAAUCUUGAAAGACGCCAAGAGUUAUCAAAUAAUUUUCAAGAAGCGCUUGGUCUUGAAAUGGAGGGUGCAGGUAGGAAGUAGAUCUGGGCCAUCUGUAGUUUAUAUGUAGCUAUUUACGUAAAAAAAUGAAAUAACUUAACUAGUACAUGUGACUAGCUACAGCCAACUGACGUCAGCGAAGGAAGCUAACCUGUUACAGGCUAGGGAACGAAUAUCAUUAUGAAAUGUGAUCCUUUGAGGGUUGGAUAAAUUCUACUGCACAGAAUUUAACUGAAUUUUUUUUACUCAGAACAUGAUAGGCUAUGAUGCAUCAUUACUGCUAAAUGGAUUAGCAUGAUGCCUACAUAUAAUAUUCUGCAUAUUGCCAUUGUUUUUAAUUUUUAGGUCUAUAUGCAGCAGCAUAUGAUCUUGGCAUAGAAUGGGCUGUUAUCAAAGCAGUGUCAGAUUUUGGAGAUGGAAGUAAAUCAGUGACAAAAGAUUGGCAGCCAUUUGCCAGUGUAAUGGCAGCAUCUGUUGUCCACAACAUGUUUAAAGAAGCUCAUGUAAUAAAAAAAUGGCCUCACUACAAAAACUUUGAUCCAGGAAUGGCAGAAGGUAAGUGAAUACCAACGUGCAAAAACAUCAAUUCUGGGUUGGUUGGGGCUUGGGGGAGAGUGGCAAGCAUACCUGCUUUACUUGCUCCAAUUUUUCAACAAAGGAGACCAUCCUUGUCCCCAGGCCCAAGCUUGAAGGAGACAUACUUUUUUCUCCUUGUAUAAUAUUGGAUUCAACCUUUAUACACCGAGUUAUCCAUUUUGAAAGUUAUUUAUUAUACAUACAUGUGUAAUAAGAAAAAUUGUUGUGAAAAAUAGGAAUAGACAUAGUGUUAGUGUUAAGACAAUUUGGACAAAUGAAUUUUUAUGUUUGAACAUUGGCAAGUAAAUAGAAUUAACUAAUUGCUUAUUUCAUGAGCAUAUUUCUAAAAUUAGCUUGUUUUUUUAAGAGAGCAUUUCUCAAAUAAAAAUUCUAAAGAAUAUUAUUUAUUGUGAUUUAUGAAGAUACAAUUGAUGCAAAAAACGAAAACGAGAAGAGAACCCAAAUGAAGAUAAAUAUAAACGCCGAAAGGAAUCACAGCCAGAUUCAAAAAUGUGUGUUAGUUGUGGUGCUACAAACAAAAAUCAGCUUCCGGAUGACCGCAACAAGUGGCCAAUCGAUAAAAUCGAAAUCAGUUCUUUCCAAACGAUUUGCAAGCUACUUGACCUUGAUGAUGUCGGUAAAGUGCCAAUUCUAAGCGCUCUAGAAUACUUCGACCGACUUGAAAUUGCCACUAUGAAGAAACAAUGUGGGGCAAAAGGAGGAACAGGGAUUGCCGAAGUCGCACUCCAGAAAUGGGGAACAGGUAACCGCCAACAUAAUGUGGGGGCUCUUAAGAAAAUCGUAGAAGAAACCAUGGCAAGGGUUGAUGUUAUUAAUGAAAUUGAGAAUUGGGAGCAGUUGUGUGUUUGUCAUGGAUGUGGCAAUAAACUCAAGUAG